UGGUUGGAAGACUAUAAAGUGACCGGAAGGGCUGAAACGCGUUAUACAGUGUUGGAGCAUUGGUUGUUUGGAAAGCUACAGCGCGUGCCUGAGGACACGGCUUCGCGUGUGCGGAGCAACUUGGAGCUGAGUGUCCGAAACCUGCGGGAAUACACUGGAAAGAAUAGCCCCCGAGAUGGCCGAGGCAAUGAAAGAGACUGCGAUGCCCUAAUACCUGUCAACGCGAGAUAUCCCUUCGGAGGAGACUGCUUGGAGGACGUGGCCCGGUUCAAGCGUGGACUAGACCUGACCGGCGCAUCGUGUGGAGGUUCGCAUUUUUUUUGCGUGGUUCCACCUGCGGCAUGCCAUGACAUGCUCAGCUGGUGCCUGGCCUGCUGCUGGAAGGACGACACUUGCUGCAGCUUCGUGGGCGCCGAGCGCGGACUGCCCCGGCACAGCGACGAGAGGACAGAGUCCCUGCUCUACUGGCGUCCGCCGCCCUGCUUCGUCAGACUGCAGGAUGAGCCAGCGAACGAGUUGCCCGGGCUCCGCGAUGCUGUUGCUGCCUCACCUUGCCCUCCCCGCAAGCCCGUGCUGUCUCCGACGCGGACUGGCGGCGGCAGUCGCCCAACGUCGCCGCUCGCGGCACGAGCUGCUUCUGAGGCACCUAUGUCUCCGUUGAAGGUGCACCUGUCAAAUGACACCUUCAAGGGAGUCAAGUGCGGCGAUGCAACUGAUGUCAAGGGCAUCCUGCGGCUGCUGUCGUCGCAACUGUCGGAACGGCCACUGCCCCUGGAGUGCCUGUUGGCAUUACGCCUUUACCACCCUGCAUCCGGGGAGGUCCGGUGGCUCCACCAGGACACCACCAUGUUCCAGGUGGUCGAGAAGUACCUCCCACAGCACAACACCAACGACUGGAGGUUUGAGCUAAGGGUACGCUACCUGCUCAGUAACUUGAAAGAAUUCCAUGACAAGGACCCUGUGCUCUUUGCAUACUUCUACAGACAGGUCAAAAACGACUAUCUGCGAAAGUGUACGAAUGUGGAUCAAGACCUGGCGAUUCAUCUAGGUUGCUUAGAAAUUAGGAGAUUUUGCAAGGACAUGACCCAUGGGGCGCUCGACAAGAAGUCCAACUAUGAGCUGAUCGAGAAGGAGAUUGGGCUUCACAAGUUCCUUCCAGCCCAAGUCAUUUCAUCUAACAAGCCGAAGAAUCUGCGCAAGCUGAUCCAGGCACAGUUCAAGAAAUGCUCGCAGCUGAGCGAGACCCAGUGCAUGAUGCGGUUCCUCGAGUUGGUGCGUCAGGUGCUGCCUUACGACCGGGAGAACUUCUCCUGUGCCCUGGGGACUGGUUGGAGUGUACCUGUGGAGUUGGUUGUGAACCAGGAGCUUGGCAUCGGCUACCUUACAGACCGGAAUGGACAGCUGAACCACAUAGCAAACUUCCAGCAGGUGCAGAGCAUUCAGACCAUAGUCAGCGACGUCAGCCCAAAGCCGGUGCUUCAGCUGAAGAUUGCGGGGGCCUCAGAGGUGCUAAGCAUCUCCUGCCCGUCACUGGCUGUUGCGGAGAGCAUUGCCGACUUGGUGGAUGGCUACUGCCGGCUGAUCCAAGGGACACAGGCUUCCUUCUGGAGCCGUAAAGAAGCCACUGUGGAAACUGAAAGUGAAGAAGAUGCACAUCCCCCUAAAUACAGGUCAGGUGUCAAGCACAAGAAUCAUUCCAAUCCCUCUGGUCCGAAGAAGCAGGGUGCUUCAGAGGACUAUGCCGAAAUUGUUGACGAAGAAGGUGACUACUCAACACCUGCAACCAAAGACUAUGAACUUUGUCGUUCCCACAUCACGCUUGGUGACAUCAUUGGUGAAGGCCAGUUCGGAGAUGUUCACAAGGGGACAUACACUUCGAAGGCCGACAACCAGGUGGUCCCUGUGGCCAUCAAAACCUGCAAGGUGGAGACGGAGGAUUCCAUGGGCGAAAAGUUUCUCGAAGAAGCCUAUAUCAUGCAGCAGUUUGAUCACCCCCACAUUAUCAGGCUCAUCGGCAUCUGCUCAGGAUCACCCAUUUGGAUCGUCAUGGAGCUGGCCAAGCACGGAGAGAUGCGAGCCUACCUGCAGAACAACAAACAUCGGCUAGACUUGGCCACUCUCAUUCAGUAUGCCUACCAGCUGAGCACAGCACUGUCUUAUCUGGAAAGCAAGAAAUAUGUUCACAGGGACAUAGCAGCGCGAAACGUGCUGGUGUCAUCGCACGACUGUGUCAAGCUGGGGGACUUUGGCCUGUCCCGCUGGGUGGAGGAUCAUUCCUACUACAAGGCUUCUCGCGGGAAGCUGCCGAUCAAGUGGAUGGCACCGGAGUCCAUCAACUUCAGGCGCUUCACAGCUGCGAGCGACGUCUGGAUGUUUGGUGUGUGCAUGUGGGAGAUCCUGAUGCUGGGCGUCAAGCCCUUCCAGGGAGUCAAGAACAACGACGUGAUUGGCCGCAUCGAGGACGGCGAGCGGCUGCCGCUUCCUCCCGACUGUCCUCCGCGGCUGUACAGCCUCAUGUCCCAGUGUUGGUCCUACGAGCCCUCCAAGCGGCCCUGCUUUCGCGACGUCAAGCAGGUGCUCAGUGAAAUUCUGGCCGAGGAACGGCAUCAGCUGGAGGACACCAUGAGGCGGGAGAACCGCCGGGUGCAGGCCAUGUCCUGGGGUUCUUCUGGAUCUGAUGAGCCACCACCCAAGCCUUCCCGGCACCCCGUCGACCGAGGGAGCCGCGCGCAGACGCCGACCCCGACCGUGGGCACCUACAUCGUGGCCCAGACGCCCGAGGUCCUGGCCCAGCUGCUACAGGAGAAUGAUGGCAGCCUGCCCCCAGCGUGGGCCUAUGUGGCACCUGCUUCGCCGACCAACACAUUCACGGUACAGGACCUAGCUGGUGGUGGUGGUGGUGCCCCGAGCGCCCCGGGCAGUGCGCUGGGGAGCGGCGGCAGCAAUGCCGAUGGCAGCAGCACGACGGGGGGUAGCAUGGCAGGAAGCACGACGUCUUCAUCGGCGUCCCCUCGAGGGGGCGCUGCCGUGUCAGCGGGAGCAGCGGGUCAAAGGUCAAGCCUCGCCUCACAGGACCUCGUGCUUGAGCAGGAGAGUUACGACAACCUCGUGGACAACGAUACCCUGGAACAGCGGCUCCUGGAGAUGAAAUUGCAGAUGCAGCAGCGGGAGACGGAGGAAGACUCGAGGUGGCUGAGUCAGGAGGCAACCCACUUCGACCCGCUUCCGACAACACCCAAUCGUCCUCGAGCGUCUUGCAGUGAUGCCUCCGAUGCAGGGAGCAUAGGCAUUGCGAAUGGUACCGGCCCAUCUUCCCCGGUUGUAACAAGCCCAGGACCACUCAACCAAGAUGAAGUUUCCAUGGGAUCACUAGAAUACUCCAUGGUAGAUAAGAAACCUAAAAGCCCCAUUGUCCAGCAGUCACAGCCGUUUCCGCCUCCCAAGCCAGAGAUGAUGCCAGCAGGGCAGCCUCCGACACUGGAAACCGACCGGACUAACGACCACGUGUAUGAAUGCACCACCCGCGUGGUCCGUUCAGUCAUGCAGCUUUCCCAGGGAGUCACGGAGGCCAGGGCGGAAGAGUACCUAGACUUGGUCAAGAAUGUUGGUUUGGAGUUGCGAAGCCUUUUGGCCAGCGUGGAUGAUCUCAUGACUUUCUUUCCCCUAUGGUCCAAAAAGGAGGUGGAGAUGGCUCAUCGUGUCCUGAGCAAGGACAUGGCCAACCUGGUGCAAGCCAUGAAGCUGGCCAUCAAAUACUCAAAGACAACGCUUGACGCCGAGUACCGCCGCGGCAUGCUGAGCUCUGCUCACGCUCUCGCCAUCGACGCCAAGAACCUACUGGACGUCGUUGACUCGGUCAGGCUUCGCAUCCAGAUGUCGCCAUCGCAGGUGGCACCUACAGCGCCUCCUACGUUAGCCUCGCCCGUCGCAUCCCGAAACGGCCAGGCGGCGGUCGAGGACGAAGAGGCGGCGUCCACAAGCUGUGUACAACGAGAAAUUCAGCAGGACUGUGAACCAAACUACGACGUUGCUUAACAGAUUGUAAUCUUAUAUUGUGUGUGCAGCUAUUGCAUGUUGGAUGAGAAAGGAAAGAAAACUUGGACCGAACCACUUGCAAGGGGCGUACAAAUUUUAAGGCACUCUGCCGUGUUUGUAGUGCAUUUCGCAGUUUUAGCUGCUCUUUUGACAGUCUUGCAGCGAAUAGGUGUGUGGCUCUAAUUGUUGCUGCAUAUCAAAGACCCUUGAAGGCAUCUUCAGGUAUAGUUGCAUGUAGCAGCUGGAAUUUGUGAGCUGCCUCCAUGUGAUGUGGUGUUCUGUGUGACUUGAUAGAAUAAUGAAAUUCGUUGCGGUGUUGCCGAGAAGCUUGUAUCUUCUGGCAUAAAAUACAAACUGCACGGGCACGGCUCAUUGCAGCAGGGAUAGGAAUGCAUUUUCUCAAUUGCAGUGUGCCUGUCGUGAAUGGUGCUCCUAAUGUAAAAGCUGACUCGGCGCAUCCGGUGUAUGUAAUGUUCGAGAAAAGCAUCUCAAAUUGUGCUGUUGUUUGCGGGGACCAUGUCUGUUUGUUGAUGGGAAGAGAAUGGGGAACACAACUUUUAGCAUCUGUAUACCUGCAGCUUUACUUUUAUUACGUCAGUCAGCUGAUUUUCUUUUUAACCUGUAGGAAUGAUAAAACGAACAAGAUUAGAUCGUUUUUUUUUUCUUUUACGAGCGAGAUCCUGCUUUUAAUAGGCAAAAGUAUUCAAUUGUUGAGUUCUUAUCACUUGGCCAUUUGCUUAGCUAUCAAAGCUUCUGAACGAGAGUUCUCACGGCAUGUGUUGUCAGGCUGCUAACAAAACAAAGGCAGACUUUUGCACAGCAGUAAGCAGCCUCUAAUUGACUUGCCCGAUUUGCCUCUAGUUAAUUUAUUGCCCUCAAAGGACCCGCUCUGUCAUUUUUUAGAGUUAUCAACUGAUUGUCUUGAGAGAUUAACUGCACAGGUGUUCGAUUAACAAGAGACUCCAAGCACAUGUGUAGUAGCAGCCAUGAAAGCUUGCUGCAGAGCUGUUGCCACUUUCGAGUAAACGUAUUACCUUGAACGUUCAGUGCCUGAGUAGUGAGCGACAAAUAUCGGUGAUAAAACAGCUUCUAGUUGGGAGGAAGUGGGAGCUGUGUUAGUCACACACGCAAAUGCUAAAAGACAGCGGACUAGUGUUAUUGCUGGGCAGCUAAGCGAAGGCAACCAACGCAGUGAUGCCUAACUGUCACAUCUCUUUGUGAACUUAGUUAACAGUCUACACCGAUCCGGGCAGCAUGUUCGUACGACGGUAGCUGUGUGCUCUUCUCAAUAAUUACUUUUUCUAUGCAGCUUAGCGUGCGCUCUUGCUGUACGACAUUUUUUUUACACCAUUGUCUCCUGUUUGUCUCGGUCAUUAUCCAUUUUUCGUGCAGAGCAGCUAACGAAAAAGAAAGAAAACUGUCUACUCUCGGAGGUGUUUAAAUGCUUUGCGUUUACAGGGUUUCCUUGCACUGUCUUAUGUGGGCGGCAUACUAGAUGGACAGCAGGUGGUUGUCUGCUUCGUCUGUGCACUGCUUUUGCAGUUGCUGUUCUUUAAAGGAGUACUGACACAUGCUUUCGAAGUUGUAUAAAUUCUUUAACGCUUCUUGCUCGUAAAAGCCGUUAUAUUGAUGUCAUGAUGCGGAGCAAGAUUUGCUGACGUUGUGUAGCGAUAAGACAACGUACGAUGACCUUGCUCCUAAAAAAAAAAAGAAAUCUGCAGGAACUAUCAACGAUGAUUGUCAGUUUAAGCUAAUAGCCGAACACUUAAAGAAAACUGCUUGUUUUAUCAAAAGAAUAGUGCACUUGACUGCGUACAUUUGUUGCAGUGAAGUUAUUUAGGUUAACUCUGUUGUUUCGUUCCGUUAUUCCGUAGAGAACAGAGCCAGUAACGAGCACAUCUGUAGCGGUGGUAUAGGUGGACAUCAAAGGCGUCUCAAAGAGCUAUAAUAGUUCGCAUUCGGCAACAAACGCGCCCAGCAACUCGAGUGCGUGUGCCCGCGCGCAUGCCCUAUAUGUCCGCGCGAAGUCCAACCUUCAACCACCAACCUCAGGCCACCAACCAACCAUAAAAAUGGGCAAAAGAGCCAAAGAAAGCUGUUCGCUUUAAAAUAUCCCGUAUUUAUUCCUAUAAGGUGGUCAUGAUUAUAAGGCAAUGGUGCGAUUAAGAUUACUAACACAGCCAAAAUGCAAAAUGGCGACCAUGAAGUAGCGGUGGAAGGGAGCUUCAACUCGCGGCGUGCGGGUUAUAUGCGAAUUUUGCCUUUAGGUGUGGCUUCACGGCAGUGCGAAUUUCUCCUGAUGGGGUGGCUUCACGGUACCACGGUGCGCGCUGCCGUAAAGGCACAGUGUAAGGCGAAGUUCGCGCUGCCGUGAAGCCAUACCUCAAGGCAAAAUUCGCAUAUAAAGAGGGGGGUGGCUUCGAGGCUAAAAAUUGUGGGAAAACCUUGCCUUGUAUUUGAAUAAAUACGGUAAGCAGGAGUGCUGCACGCGUUUCUUCCGACUGCACUUGCUUGUGGCAGCCGCAGCGGUGGCAGAAUGGAUCAAGCCAGCAUAUCAUGUCAUCAUGACGCAUCCACUUUCGCAUCCACAAAACCAAAACUGGUUCAUAAAAACAAGUAUUAUAGUAAAUUAUGUUUAGGAGGCUCUGAUAACUGCCAGUACUUUUUUCAGGGUUAGAACCUUCAUUUUCAACAGAAAACUGCCAUGUAGAAAAUUUUAUGUGAGUACUUCGUUAAAACCUGCCACAGGUCUAUUGCUUCACAGCAAUGGCUGUGUAACAUUUGUCACAGGCCACCCAACGAAGUUCAGGCUUACUAAAGUGCAUGUGCACUGCGAUCAACUUGGUAGCUAAUCGUGCAUUCCGCAAUGGCAGUGGCUCAUGUAGCAGUUGCUUUAGAUGGUCCUGUUUCUGGAAAACAGGCAUAUUUGCUAUAAAAGGAGGCAGCAGCAAACAAAGUUUAUGCAAAGCUUGCUCUGUCGGAAGUUCUCGGUGCACUUCGAGUCUUAUUCCUUUAGUCUUACUCCUUUAAUCCCACAAGCCCGAGCUGUCCUUGUCCUGCCAGUUUGCACCGAUAUUGUUGAGAACGGAUUCAAUUCGUUGCCGGUGCACUUUGUUCUUCUCUAGCAACUACUCGAGCACAUCAUCUUGUUCCACCAGUAAUUGCUGGCUUUGGGCUGUCACGAGUGCAGAGAAAGUUAUCGCAGACGUUGCUCAGUGUCUCCAUUGAACACAAGGGAUAAACCGUACAACUAGCCUUUUAUAUAACGAGGACAUCAGGCCAACGUGCAGAAAAUUCGUAAAUAAAUUUAUCAAAUUUUAUGCAGUUUUUGAGUAAAGAACUUGGGAGUUAAAAAGUUAAGUUGAGGGCCCAAAGUUGUCGCCAAGCAUUUCUCUGUGACUGCUUCACUGCAAUGCUGAGACACUAUGGAACAGAUUCUUGGCCUGUAAAUGCAAAAGCAUUUGAACGGGUCUGUAUUGUAGUUGGCGAAGCUAGCUGCAACCUGUGCAUCAUGUAGCUAUCUUCCCAUUUGUGAAGUGCACAGCGCUUUAUAAAUAUUUUUAGCACUUAAAGCCGCAACGAGGCUUAGGUGUCAACGCUUUUGAGAAUGCUUGCGAGAGACAGACACAUUGUGAUAGUGACCGACUUCUGCGUGCGACCGGGCUGUACAUUUUUCAACUACAGCUGCAGCUACUUACGUCAGAUGUGCAGGAUUUUAUUUCGAACCCUUUUAUUUUGCAGCAGCAGCGCACGUGUGUACCGCAUUUGAACUUGUCACCAUUUUCACCGACCUUCCCACAGUAACAAAACGGGUUGCACCUAUCUGUUCAUGCUUUUUUUUUUUUUUUUUUACGUUGAGGCGAUGCAUCAUUUACAAUGCUAUGAGCCUUUACAUGGGAAAGUGACUUGCAAACAAUGGUUUCACGGUGUGUAAGUGUGGCAGAAUGAAGGCAAAAUGCACGCGAGGGACUUAUUUAACAUAGCUAUAUGGCAAUUUUUUUUUUUAUUAUCUUCUGCUCAGCAAAGUUCUUGUGCUUUAUUCAUUGUCAUAGGACAGUGAUAUAUACAGAUGUUGUAUCUCUGGUAUCUAUUUAUCUCCCAUGCAACUGCUGUCCUGCAUUGUAGCAGGAAGAGACGGCCAACUGGUGAUAAAAUGUCUCGGCACAGGAAAAUGUUUAACAAAUGCAGCGUACACUUACUUCUAACUCUGGCUUGCAAAAAUGGCAGCAAACUAGUCACUGUUUGAACUUACUGCAUUGUAAAUCGAAACCUUGACUUUUUUUUCAGAGUAAAAUUUAGCAUUUUUUUUUUAAAUCUCAGCUGUAUACACAAUAACAGCAUUGGACUUGCUAUUAUGGCCUUUCUCAUGACACACUCUUUUUUUUCUUCAAUAUAUCGGCAUGCAUGUGUGUGUAUGUCAUGUUUACAUGUUAAUAGAACUUAUUAAAUUCAAUUCGAAGUCACA